UCAAUUUGAAGCGGUGUCAGCCAUCUUGGAGACGGGAGGAGCGCAAUUCACUUCUUUGCUCUCUUCCAAAUAAUUAUUUAUCUACUCACAGAUUUUUUGCUAUAUAGGAACAAUCGAGGUAAAAGGAAGAAAACUAAACGGAUUCCGUCUAGAUAUUUGCAACUGGCGGGUCUAAAGAAGCUAACAAGCGAAGCAACUUGAAAAAAAAAACUAUAACCGAUCUUUCGGCAGUCAUGGUGCAGUCUUGCUCAGCUUACGGUUGUAAAAACCGCUAUGAUAAAGACAGACCGAUCUCUUUUCACAAGUUUCCGCUUACUCGACCUCUUCUCUGCAAGAAAUGGGAAGCAGCUGUAAGAAGAGUAGACUUUAAACCAACCAAGUACAGUAGCAUCUGCUCAGAACACUUUACAUCUGACUGCUUUAAAAGAGAGUGCAACAAUAAGCUUCUUAAAGAUAAUGCUGUCCCAACAAUGUUUUCUUACACAGACGGAAACGCUCAGAAUCGCUCAUCUCUUAAAAAUGAGCCCAUGAGUGCUCUGCCUCAAGUUCCUACAGUUCCUGAAGUGGACCCUGCUAUUGAAUUACUAAUGCCUCCAUCGUAUCCACCCAACCACAUUGCGGUGAUUUGUGAUCACAAUUACACCGUGGAAGAUACUGUUCAUCAGAGGAGGAGAAUACAGCAGCUUGAAGAACAGGUCGAUACACUCCGAAAAAAGCUUAAAACUGCAAAUCAAAGGUGCAGGAGACAGGAACGUACCUUGGAGAAACUGGAAAAGGAGGUUAAUGAUUUUAGAAUGGGCGGUGGCUACGUGAUCUUACCUAGCAAUUAUUUUGAAGUUUUCAAUGAAGCAGAAUAUAAAGUCUGAGCUGAAAAGAAUUAAUACUAAAAAAUAAUUUGGAUUCAUUCAUAAAUAUAUGUGUGUAUAUAUAUAUAUAUAUAUAUAUAUAGUGAUGCAGUUAAAAAAAUACCCCUAUAUUCUUACUACACUUUUUUGUGUCUUAUUUCACCUGAGGGAAGAGGAUUGACGUAAUAUGAUUGUACAUUUCUUGACUGUUGCUCCCAAUACAUUUGAUCAUCUGAGGGCGCAGGCCAGGUUGGUAAAAAGUUGUCCCUUCUCGCUUUUGACAACCAUAUUUCCUUUACAAUAACUAUCUAAGAUUACACUAAAUAGAUUUGUAUCUUGUAACAUUGUCAAUUUUAGUAUUGUUGCAAUAAUAACAAUCUAGUGUAUCUGAUCUUUAUGAAAAUCGCUUAACUACAAAUAUUCUUGCUUUCUUUAAAAUGUUUUGAUAUAGCUUAUGCAUUCUGUUAAGUACUAAUGCUAGCACGAUAUUUUGAAAGUAAAUAAAGUCUAUUUUGUCAAAAAUUAAAUCUUAAUGUUUAAGAAAACAAAACAGUGGCUAAUAAUGCAUGAUGCCUCUAAUUAUAAUUUAUUUGUAGAUCAAAUGCAAAUUGGAUAUCCUUUUUUGUUUUGACCGGCAGUUUUUAUUUUUUAUUACUUUGUAAUUCAUAAAACACCUUUCUGUUUUUGUACAUUUGCCAUUAAAGUGACAUGUUUAAAAGUG